GGCGCGGGGGCCACGCUCCGGGGCCUGCAGGACCUGCCGGUUGCAGCGCGCAACGGCUCCGGAGCUCGGCCUGCAGCGCUGCACGGUUGCACGGCUGCACGGCCCCACCGUUGCACGGCCGCCAUGUACCCGUCGUGGGCCCGCUACGGCGGCGCCGGGCACUACCCCGUGCCGCCUCCGCCGGGGCCUCCUCCUCCUCCUCCUCCCCCCCCGGGCCCUCCUCCUCCUCCUCCUCCUCCGGUGCCCGGCGGGCCCCCGUCCGGGCCGCCUCCCCCGCCCCCUCCCCCUCCUCCGCCGGGCCUCCCCGACCCGCCCCCGCCGGGCUCGGGCUUCCUGAGCUUCCGCGAGCAGCACCUGGCGCAGCUCCAGCAGCUGCAGCAGAUGCACCAGAAGCAGAUGCAGUGCGUGCUGCAGCCGCACCCCCUGCCGCCGCCGCCCAUGCCGCCGCCGCCGCCGCCGGGCUUCGGGGACUGGACCCUGCCCCCGCCCGCGCUGCCCCUGCCCCCGCCGCCCUACCAGCAGCAGCAGCUCUACAAGCACCAGCUGCAGCGGGAGCAGCAGCAGCAGCGGGAGCAGCAGCGGGAGCGGGAUGGGCCGGUGCCCAUGGACCUGGACUCGCCCCCCGACUCGCCCGACGGGGCCGAGCCCGCCCCCCAGCCCGAGGACCGGACCCCCCCGGCCAACAUGACCCCCCAGGAACAGCAGCAAUAUUGGUAUAAACAGCACCUGCUCAGCCUGCAGCAGCGGGCCAAAGCCCACGUCCAAGGAAAGCAACCCCCGCAGGGCUCCGGGGGAGCGAAAGACGCCCCGGAGCAGGCGAAGGAAGAUGAGGACAAGGAAGCGGAGGGCAAAGAGGCGACGGACACCGCUUCGGCCCAGCUCUCGGAAGCGCCCCCGGGCAACGAUCCCCCGCUCCCUCCUCCGAGCGAAGAGGCCCCGCCUCCCCUCCCACCGGAAGAACCCCAGUGUGAGGACCCGGAGGAAGAGGCUAGGUUAAAACAGUUGCAGGCUGCAGCAGCACAUUGGCAGCAGCAUCAGCACCAUCGAGUUGGCUUCCAGUAUCAGGGAAUAAUGCAAAAGCAUGCCCAGCUGCAACAGAUCCUUCAGCAGUACCAGCAGAUCAUGCAACAGCCGCCCCAUAUCCAGACCCUGACGGUGGACCUGCAGCUCCCGCACUACGAGGUGCAGCAGCAGCAAUUCCAGCAUCUUUACAAGAAGUGGGAGCGGGAAUUCCAGCAGUGGCAGGAUCAGUUCCAGACCUACCCUCACAAAGACCAGCUCCAGGAGUACGAGAAACAGUGGAAAACCUGGCAGGGGCAGAUGAAAGCGACCCAGUCCCACCUGCAGGAGAAAGUGAGCUCCCUGCAGAACAUGAAGAGCCAGUUCCUGGGGAGCGUGACGAUGCCGCCUCCGUUCGUCCCCUACGCCCAACUGCCCCCGUCCCUCCCGACCACCAUCCCCCCUCCCGUGCUGCCUCCGUCCCUGUCCACGGCGGUGCCCCCUCCCGGGAUGCCCCCGGCCUUGCCCGCCACGGUCCCGCCCCCUCCGGGGAUGCCCCCUCCCGGGAUGCCCCCUCCCGGGAUGCCCCCGACGGGACCCCCGCCGGGCCUGCCCCCGCCUCCGUCCCUCUCCUCGACGGGCCCGCCCCCCGGCCUCCCCCCGCCGUCCCUGCCUUCGGCCGCCCCGCCUCCCGGGCUGCCUCCCCCGCCCCUGUCUUCGGCCACGCCCCCUCCCGGGCUGCCCCCGCCGAACCUCCCGCCGGGCCUGCCCCACCCGAUGCCGCCCACCUCCGGCCCUCAGGGCUCCAAGCUCCCCGAUAAGCCCAGGCCGGCCCUGCUGCCCACCCCCGUGUCUUUCGGUCCCUCCCCGGCCUACCAUCACCAGGCGAAGCCCCCGGGGGGCCCCUCGGACCCGACCAACGCCCAAAUGCCCCCGUUCGGCUCCUUCUCGUCGGACCCGGCGCCCGGGGACCACAAAGCCCCUCCGGGGUCCUCGGCCGUCUCGUCUCAGUCGGCCCCCGGGCCGCUCAAGGAGACGCCAGCGAGAUCGGGUGGGCUGCUCCCGGAUCCCCCUAGAAGUGCGUACUUUGAAGGACUAAGAGGAAGUUCUCGAUUUGAUGGCCCUCGAGGAAGGGGGUUUGAUAGAUCCGAAGCCCCCCGGACCAGGUUUGAGGGACCGAGACAAAGAGGUCCUCAUUUUGAGGGCCAGCGCCAGGACGGGCCCAGAUCCCGAUUCGAAGGUCACCAGCCGGAGGGUUCUUCAACCAAGAGGGGGGCAAUUCCCCGCGGGCCAGCCUCUCAGUUUUACACUCCCUCAAACGCUGCCCAGGGACCUCGACAGAGCGGGCCGCAAUGGAGGGGACCGCGAUCCUCUUUCGGACAGCAGACCCAAGGGGAUUCCUUUUCGGGAAACCAAGACUCCUACAAAGACCCCGCUGGCGGUCUGCAUAAGGGCAAUAAGAUGCAGCCACCUCCCUUUUCUCUGGGGGGAGAGGCGAAGGAUUCCACGUCGAUUCACCCAGACGAGGACCCCGACGACGCCCAGGAAGAUCCGUCUCAGACCGACGUCCACCCGGGGCUUUCCGAGUCUUCCGGUUGGAACCGGAAUUCUCAGACUAUGGAGAAGCGGAUGGAUAAGGCCAACGCCGCUCCCGCGCAGUCGCCUUUCCAGUCACGAUCGGGGACGAUGGAAGGCGGAGGAGCGUCGGCGCUGACCGGAGGUAACGACCUGAAGUCUCUGGAUGCUAGCCUGUCCCAUUCAGAAAGCAACCAGGACAAAGGGCCGACUAGGCCAGAGAACAAAGACGGCAGGUUCGACAGCAGUCGGGGCAGGGGUGCGUCUUACCGAGGUAGAGGCCAAGGCAGGAUGGAGGACAUGAGGGACAAGGGGCUAGCCAGCAGAGGGAGAGGACUGAUCAGACCUCCCAUCGGCCGGGGCCAAGGGAUGGGUAGGCCAGAAGACAACCGGGACAAGAUGAUGGGCCGGCGGGAAGACGGCCGGGAGAAGAUGAUGGGCCGCCGAGAAGAUGGCCGGGAGAUGAUGAUGAUGGGCAGGCGGUCGGAUGACCGCGACCGGGGGCCGAUGAGGCCGGGCGGCGGGCGGGACAAAGGGAUGGGCUGUCCUGUGGGUGGCCCGGACAGGGGGAGGCCCAGUAGCCGGGAGAGGGGGCCUCCCCAGAGAGCCGGCAGCCAGGAGAGAGGUCCACCGCUCCGUAGGGCCGGGAGCCGAGAGAGGGGGACUCCCCGGCGAGCCGGGAGCCGAGAGAGGGGACCGCCCCGGAGGGCGGGCAGCCGGGAGAGGGGAUCGGGCAGACCCGAAUUUGGCCGGGAUAAGGGCCCGCUCAGAUCGGAAUCGGGUGUGGAUAGAUCCAUCUCCCCCUAUCACCGGGAUGAGCAGUCCAGGCCUUCCUGGAACCACGGGGACGAGCGGAGACGGGAGGAGUUUCCACCGGAUGGCCGGAGCGGCCCUCCCCUGGAGAGGGAGAGACUCGACGACUGGGAUAGAGAGCAGUACUGGGGAGACUACGAGCCCGACUUCCGGGACGAUACGCUAGACCCGUACGGUAGGGAGGAGAGGUUUCCGCCGCCUCGAUCCCACGACGGCGACCGGCACGGCCCUUGGUGGGACGACUGGGAGAGGGAGAGGGAUGUGGAUCGGGAGAUGGACCGAGACGUAGACAGGGACUUGAGCAGGGAUGUGGACCGGAUGGGAAGGCAUCAAGAUAUGUACGAUGGAGAAAUGGAUCACGAAUGGGACCGAGAUUACGCGAGGCCUUUGGACGACCAAGAUUCGCAGUACCACGAUCGGGAGAUCCCGCCUCUGUCAUCCCUGCCUCCCCUCCCGCCCCUGGAUAGAUACCGGGAAGACAGGUGGAGGGACGACAGAGAUCGGGACCACGGCUACGACCGGGACGUCCGGGACCGGGGCGAGUUGAGAGACCGAGACUAUCCGGAGAGGGGAGAUACGUGGCGAGAGAAGCGAGACUAUGUCCCCGACAGAAUGGACUGGGAGAGAGAACGGCUGUCCGAACGGUGGUUCUCACCUGAGGCGGACCGUCACUCGCCUCUGGCCGAUCACAUGGAUUCCAUUCCCCCGCCGUCGCAUUCGUCCGACAUGCUGGGGUCGCACGCCAACCUGGACUCCGAACAGUCCCUUGGCGGGGUAAUGGUCCUUAGUCAGAGGCAGCAUGAGAUUAUCUUGAAAGCUGCCCAGGAACUGAAAAUGCUCCGAGAACAGAAAGAACAACUUCAGAAGUUGAAAGACUUUGUCCCGGAGCCCCAGAUGCCCGAGAUUCCUCCGCAAGAAGCUUCGAGAUUGCAGAAUACGUCCUCAAGAUCUGGCAUUUACCAGCCCCCAGGGUCGUACAGACCUUCCCCUCCAGUGGGGAAGCCGUCCGCUCCCAUGAUGAGGCAGUCAGCUCCAGGAGCGAGGUCCUCCAUCCCCCUCACCAGGCCCCCGCCCAUGUCGGCACCGCCUCCGUCCACAGCCAUGAAACCGUCCCCUUCUUCGAUGGAGCAGGAACGGUGGGACGAAGAUUCUUUCCACGGGCUGUGGGAUACCAGCGAGGAGAAAGGCCUGGCCUCAGAGUACGAGCCAGAAACAGGGCCCCCGCCUUCGAUUCUAAUGAAGACCCAAGCACCGCCGCCCCCCGUCCACUCCUCCAUUCCACCCCCUGGCUCGAUGCCGCUAAUGAUGCCAACGAUCUCCAAACCACCUCCCGUCCAGCAGACCGUGGACUAUGGCCACGGGCGGGACAUAUCCACCAGUAAAGUUGAGCAGAUUCCCUAUGGUGAAAGAAUCACUCUCCGCCAAGACCCACUUCCAGAAAGAUCAUAUGAGCCAGAGCAUCCUAGCCAACGUGAUCGCUACGAAAGAGAUCGGGAGCGCGAGCCCUACUUUGAUCGGCAGAGCAACGUGAUGACGGACCACCGGGAUUUCAAAAGAGAGCGGGACAUGCAUCGAGACCGAGACCGCGCUGUCGUCGACUAUGACCGGGAACGAUUCGACAGGGAUCGUCGUCCUCGGGAAGACAGAACACAGUCCUACCGUGACAAAAAAGACCAUUCUUCUUCAAGGCGGGGAGGCUUCGAGCGGCCACCAUAUGAACGGAAAUCAGACCGACCGGCCUAUGACCAUGGACCGUCCAUGUUUGGAGGAGAUCGGAGAAAUUACCCCGAGGAGCGGAUGCCACUCUCUGCGCCACCGUUAAGCCACCAGCCCCCUCCUGCCCCAAGAGUAGAGAAGAAGCCGGAAUCAAAGAACGUGGAUGAUCUCCUGAAGCCGCCGGGCCGUGACAGCAGACCCGAAAGGAUCGUGGUCAUCAUGAGGGGGUUACCUGGUAGCGGGAAGACCCACGUGGCAAAACUUAUCCGAGAUAAGGAGGUAGAGUGUGGGGGACCCGCACCCAGAGUCCUCAGCCUGGAUGAUUAUUUCAUCACCGAAGUGGAAAAAGAAGAGAGAGACCCAGAUUCUGGAAGGAAGGUGAAAAAGAAGGUGAUGGAAUAUGAGUACGAAGCGGACAUGGAAGAGACGUAUCGCACCAGCAUGUUCAAAACCUUCAAAAAGACCUUGGAUGACGGCUUCUUCCCCUUCAUCAUACUGGAUGCCAUUAAUGAUCGAGUGAGGCACUUUGACCAGUUCUGGAGUGCGGCCAAAACGAAAGGUUUCGAGGUCUAUUUAGCCGAAAUGAGCGCAGACCACCAGACCUGUGGCAAACGGAACAUCCAUGGGCGCAAACUGAAAGAAAUCAAUAAGAUGGCUGAUCACUGGGAAACCGCACCGCGGCAUAUGAUGCGUCUGGAUAUUCGUUCCUUGUUACAAGAUGCUGCUAUAGAAGAGGUUGAGAUGGAAGAUUUUGACGCAAAUAUUGAAGAGCAGAAAGAAGAAAAGAAAGACGCAGAGGAAGAAGAAAGCGAACUGGGAUACAUUCCGAAAAGCAAAUGGGAGAUGGAUACCUCUGAGGCAAAGCUAGACAAGCUGGAUGGCCUACGGACGGGCGCUAAAAGGAAGCGCGAUUGGGAGGCGAUUGCCAGUAGGAUGGAGGAUUACCUUCAACUCCCCGACGACUAUGACACCCGUGCUUCCGAACCUGGAAAGAAGAGGGUGAGAUGGGCCGAUCUGGAAGAAAAGAAAGAUGCCGAUAGGAAGAGAGCCAUAGGCUUUGUCGUUGGACAGACUGACUGGGAGAAGAUCACAGAUGAAAGUGGUCACCUUGCCGAGCGAGCCCUCAAUCGCACGAAAUACAUUUGAGACAUAGUCAUUAAGUGGAGUCCUUCUACCUGUGAAGGAGGUUUGCGUAAGGCGAUUUGAAGCUGAGGCUGCAUGGCGAUCCUUAGCGGGUCACGUCAUUUCCGAGUUCAGUUGUUCUUUUCUUUCGUGUCCUCCUCACCGCCCCCCCAGCCCCUUCCCUUUUUGUUUUGGUUUUUUGCUGCUUUAAUUUCUGCAAGUUCUUUUAAAUAUCAGCAGGGGAUCCUCCAGCGCCCCCAAGGGGUUCGAUUAGAGUCUUGCUAAGCCCAAGCAAGAGCUGAAUUUUCUUUUUAGAAAGUUUGGGGAGGGAGGGAGGGGUUGGUUUAGCUGCAGAUGCCGGGGUGGGGUUACGGGAGGGAUCGGGUAGAAAAUAAUGUCCUCCACUGUACUAUGUCCAGAAUGUCUGUAUCAUCAUUGCUUUGUGGCCGUUUUCAUUUUAUACCGUGUGGACCCUUAUAGCUGAUUGUACUAGGAUUCAGACCAAUAAACUUUCAUUAUAAAGCCAA